AAUUUUGUUAAAGUUUCUGACAAUCGAGCGUGUUUGGUACAGAGUAGUAGAAAAGAGGCCGGUCAGUGAUGCUUCAUUGGAUCGUUGGUGUGGCGUCUGUCUGCAUGCUGGUACUAGGUGCACCCGACAACCGAGGUACCAAAUUUGUCAUCGGGUUUAUGGAAAAUUAUGCCACCAGCUACAAUCUAGAAAUAUUUGUAACAACGUACAAAGCCGGUACGGUCACUGUGUCUGUGACGUCACCAAAAUGGACGAGUCCUUCCAUCAGCCAAUCAUUUACCGUGGCUGCUGGAACUGUAAAGCAGGUAUUCGUCAGCAACAGCCUGAGAAUGGCGGGAUCCGGAAAAAGUAGCAAAGGAAUCCUCGUCACAGGUUCUGAUGAAAUCGUAGUCUAUGGUUUGAACAAGGAGGCAAACUCAAACGAUGGCUUCCUGGCACUUCCGGUCGACGUUUUGAGUACGACGUAUUACAUUGUAACGUACUGGCCUUCCACCUAUAAAACGGAAUUACUGGUGGUCGGUAUUUAUGACAGUACGACAGUAACGGUGCAGUUUGGUCCAAACUCCGGGUUAAACGUCACUUACAGCGGUCAAAAUUACUACCAGAACGACAAGAUUUCUUCUACUCUACACUCGUACCAGACAUGGCAAAUUCAGGCCCCGGGAGACAUGACGGGUUCCAAAAUUACAGCGAACAAAGCCAUUUCCGUCUUUAGUGGCAACGUUCUCACCAAAAUCGCCACAGGGUCAAGGGAUCACAUUGUCGAACAUCACGUGCCGGUAGAUAAAUGGGGGAAGUCUUUUGCAACGGUGCCCAUUCCAGGUCGAACCAUUGGGGACUACUUUCGGUUUGUGGCCAGCGAUUACAACACAACGGUGUCCGUAGUCGGCCUGAACAAUGGUCAGUCUUUUACAGAGACUUUUGUAUUGUCUGUCGCUGGUACUUGGAUCCAGAAAGAGUACAGUUCUAAGUUCUAUUCUCUCAUCACUGCAACAAAGCCGAUAUACGUGAUGCAGUUCUCCAAAAGCCAAGCCUGCUCGUCCUGCACAGUCGCUGACCCGGCCAUGAUUAUCAUUCCACCGAUUGAACAGUAUGCUUCUGACUACGUGUUCACAACACCGAAAAAGUCGGCAGGGUCUUUCACUAACUAUUUCAUGUUUGUAGUGAAAGCAUCGGAAAAAGCAGGGAUUCGAGUCAACGGCGCCUCUGUCUCGCCCACUUAUAACAACUAUCCCGGCGGGCAGUAUGUGGGCGGCUUUAUUUCCUUGCCCGAGGGCACGCACGAAAUCCGGCACACUUCCCCCAAUGUCGUGUUUCUGGGCGCCUUGUAUGGACGAGCGAGCUACGAAUCUUACGGAUUUCCAACAGGAAUGAGAAUGGCCUCGAUUAAUACACCGUGUACUGUUUCUACAAUGGCCGUUGGAGAUGGAAUAGACAACGACUGCGAUGGGAAGAUAGACGAAGAACUCUGCACUUUAGUGAAUAAUUACGCCGAUGAUGAUGGUGACGGGGUUGCAGAUGAAGACUGCGCCAAACCUUAUCCAAUUGACGGAGUGUGGACUGCAUGGGAAAGAUGGGGCCCUUGCGCAUGUGCAGGAGGUGGAGGAUCGCGCACGCGCAGACGCAUGUGCGACAACCCGGCUCCACAGUAUGACGGAAAGAAUUGCGCAGGAUCGGAUGUGGAGACUGAUACAACAUGUUCGCCUUCUGCCGGGUGUCGGUUAAACGGUAACUGGGCGCUUUGGGGUUCCUGGACUUCCUGCUCGGUAACUUGUGGGUCGGGGACCCAAAGCCGAACCCGAACCUGUACCGAUCCAGCCCCAGCUAAUGGAGGCAGCACCUGUUCCGGUAAUAGUACUGCGUCCCAGGCAUGUAAUACUCAGAACUGUCCAAUUGAUGGGGAUUGGACAGCAUGGUCACAGUUUAGCAGCUGUUUUUACAUCUGUGGAAGCAGUCAAUCAAAUCGCUCGCGCACUUGUACGAACCCGAGCCCUCAAUAUGGAGGAAAGACUUGCAGUGGAGAUGCCAGUGAAUCCCAAUCAUGCACAGGGACUUGUGCUAAGGACGGAAAUUGGAAUUCUUGGAGUAUCUGGAGCCCCUGUACCAAGACCUGUGGUUCGGGGGUGAGAGCCCGUAACAGGGACUGUAAUAACCCAGUCCCCAGUAACGGGGGUAAGGGGUGUGCAGGGGACCCCUCAGACUUCCAGACAUGUAACCCCACGGAUUGCCCUACUGUCGCUCCUGGAACAUACGUUCAGACCUGCCCCACGGGAUGGUUUUCUUGUCAGUCCGGGGCCAUGACCUGUAUUGCAAUGACCAUGAAGUGCGACUGUCAAGAUGACUGUGAUGACGGAAGUGACGAAUCAGUCACGUGGGCAAGCUGUCUAGCCAAUACGACCUCAUGUAACCAUGCUCCAGAGUUUGGAGCAAACACGGUACACUUUAUGCUACCUCUUCUGAUUUCCUUUUUCUGCAUCCUUCUGUAUUCAGUUUGAAUCGGCGAAGACAAAGUUCCAAUGGAAUCACUUUAAAAUCAAUAACAUUCGUUGCAUGUAAACAAUCUGUUAUCAUUAUUUGAAUAAAAAGAAUUUAUUUUCUACAGUUUA